ACGUUGCACUAAGUGGACUGUCCACCAUGCAUCGUAGUAGUGGUCUUCAUAGUAGGACUGCUACUGCGUGCAACUAUAAAUCCCUCAUCGAAAUGCUCUGGUUGGAGUCAAUCAUGAGGAUCAGCAGCAUCAGAUUUCCACAACAAAGAUGGUCCUUUAUUCCAGUCUGAUCCAGAGUCUGCCACUGCUGGCAGUCGCAGCUCUGGCCGUGGACUAUCCCACUCUCCCUGGUGACCUGACUACUCCCUACCAGCAGCGCCUGGCCAUCAUGGGGCCAACUUCGGUCUCCAUUGGUUGGAACACCUAUGAAAAGCUCAGCUCGAGCUGUGUGGAGUACGGCACCUCGAGCAGCGACUUGAGCAAGCGAGCCUGCUCGACCAAGUCAACUACAUACUCUACCUCGCGGACUUACUCCAACGCGGUGACCCUGACCGGUCUCACUCCUGCCACUACCUACUACUACAAGAUUGUCUCGGGCAAUUCCAGCGUUGAGCAAUUCUUGAGUCCUCGAACCCCGGGCGACAAGACCCCCUUCAACUUCGACGUCGUGAUUGACCUGGGGGUGUACGGAGCUGAUGGCUUCACAAUCUCGAGUGACUCCUCCACCAGCAAACGCGAGACCCCUUACGUGGAGCCCGACCUCGACCACACCACCAUUGGGCGACUGGCCGACACCUUCGACGACUACGAGCUCAUCAUCCACCCCGGUGACUUUGCCUAUGCGGAUGACUGGUUUCUCAAAUUGAAAAACCUCCUCGAGGGUAAGGAUGCUUAUCAAGCCAUCCUCGAGAGGUUCUACGACCAGCUGGCCCCGAUCGCUGCUGGCAAGCCCUACAUGGUCAGCCCCGGGAAUCACGAAGCCGACUGCAACGAGCUGUCGGUACUCAGCAAUCUUUGCCCAGAGGGUCAACGUAACUUCACCGACUUUAUGCACCGAUUCGACGAGACGAUGCCGCAGGCGUUCGCUUCGUCUUCCACCAACACUACGGCGCAGACCCUGGCCGCCACGGCGCGCACGCUCUCCAACCCUCCGUUCUGGUACUCGUUCGAGUACGGCAUGGUGCACUUCACUAUGAUCGACACAGAGACCGACUUUACGCAUGCACCGGACGGGCCCGAUGGGUCUGCCAAGCUGGAUGGCGGGCCUUUCGGACAGCCUCAGCAGCAGUUGAAGUUCUUGGAAGCGGACCUGGCCAGCGUCGACCGCAGCGUCACUCCGUGGGUGAUUGUCGCGGGUCACCGACCGUGGUAUUCGACCGGGGGCUCGGGCAACAUCUGCAACGUGUGCCAGGACGCCUUCGAGGAUCUGCUGUACAAGUAUGGCGUUGAUCUGGGGGUGUUUGGCCACGUCCACAACUCGCAGCGGUUCCAACCUAUCUACGACGGAAAGGUUGAUGCCAAGGGUCUGAACGAUCCUGCUGCGCCGAUGUACAUCGUGGCCGGUGGUGCAGGCAAUAUCGAGGGGUUGAGCUCGGUCGGCUCCAAGCCGUCGUACACGGCCUUUGCCUAUGCCGAUGACUACAGUUACAGUACCAUCCGGGUGCUGAACGAGACCCAUCUCCAGGUGGAUUUCAUUCGGUCGGAAACGGGGGCCGUGUUGGAUUCGAGUGUGCUGUACAAGAGUCAUACUGAGCAAUUUGUGGUGCAGUAGUUUAUGGAUGUUGGUGGAUGGAGAGAGGGAAAGAGUAUUGCAGUUGGCUAACUCGCUGAACAUAGUAUAAACGUGACAGUUGGAAU